AUGUCUGCAAACGGCAAGAUCUCUGUUCCCGAGGCGGUGGUCAAUUGGCUGUUCAAAGUCAUUCAACCCAUUUAUAACGACGGAAGAACAACUUUCCACGAUUCUUUAGCGCUGCUGGACAAUUUUCACAGUUUAAGGCCAAGAACAAGGGUAUUUACGCACUCUGACGGCACUCCACAACUACUGUUGUCCAUAUAUGGUACCAUUAGUACUGGUGAGGAUGGUUCAUCUCCUCACAGUAUUCCUGUGAUCAUGUGGGUACCCAGUAUGUACCCGGUAAAACCUCCCUUUAUAAGUAUAAACUUGGAAAAUUUCGACAUGAACACCAUCAGUAGUUCCUUGCCCAUUCAAGAAUACAUCGACUCCAAUGGGUGGAUUGCGCUGCCCAUACUCCACUGCUGGGAUCCUGCCGCGAUGAACCUUAUAAUGGUCGUACAAGAAUUAAUGAGUCUCUUACACGAGCCGCCACAAGAUCAGGCGCCCAGUCUACCCCCUAAGCCCAAUACGCAGCUCCAGCAGGAGCAGAAUACUCCCCCACUGCCCCCAAAGCCCAAGUCUCCACACCUAAAACCGCCAUUGCCUCCACCUCCACCACCUCAACCGGCAUCUAACGCACUCGACCUUAUGGACAUGGACAACACGGAUAUCUCCCCAACCAACCAUCAUGAAAUGCUACAAAAUCUACAAACCGUAGUCAAUGAGUUAUACAGAGAGGAUGUGGACUAUGUAGCGGACAAGAUACUGACGAGACAGACCGUCAUGCAAGAAUCAAUUGCCAGAUUCCAUGAAAUAAUCGCCAUCGACAAGAACCAUUUACGAGCCGUUGAGCAGGCUAUUGAGCAGACCAUGCACUCGCUAAACGCACAGAUAGACGUCCUGACCGCAAAUAGGGCCAAAGUCCAACAGUUUAGCUCAACUUCGCAUGUGGAUGACGAGGACGUGAACUCCAUAGCAGUGGCCAAAACAGAUGGACUCAAUCAACUAUACAACCUCGUUGCCCAGGACUACGCUCUCACGGACACCAUUGAGUGCUUAUCUAGGAUGCUGCACCGUGGCACCAUUCCCCUCGAUACUUUUGUCAAGCAAGGUCGUGAAUUAGCACGCCAGCAAUUCCUUGUGCGAUGGCACAUCCAACGAAUCACCUCACCGUUAUCGUGA